CCAUCACCUCCACGAACCCGUGGGACAAGGUCUCCAUGUAACGAUGCUGCUAGAUCUAGUACGGGUCAUCAGGGCCUAUUUCGAGGUUAUCUCUUUCAUUUUGGUCCUGACCGUGUAUGGCCUCUACACGAACGCGCGACUCGUCCCCUACAUCUUGAGACGGAAGAUCGCCAACACCAUUCAAAUAUCCCGGGCGCGGAAGCUCAAGCGGGGCAUCUCGCGACCGAUCCUCGAUAAUAUAAAGAGCACAAGCCCGCUAUCGUGCGAUCCAGUAGGCUUCCAUCACCUCCCACUCGAGAUCCAACAGCAGAUCUUCGACCUCGUCCUCCCCCAACGCCUCAUCAUCCAGCCAGAGUUUCGGGAAAACCGACUCGUGUGCCGAAUCGGCACAUUCCCAGACUAUUAUUGGAACAGAUGGAGUCCGAAAAAACACAUCCGCGACGACUCCGAUCGCACAAGCGACCAUUUCGCUCACGUCCUCGACCAGGGCGGGUGGUAUCUAGACCAGACGCCCGAGCCACUGGAUCCGAGCGCGCGACGACCGGAGAGGUACCUUAUCUGCGGGUUCGCGGAGGCUCUGAGCCCAGAGCGCAGACGGGAGAUUGUUCCGACGGGGUAUGUCGAUCUUCUCCGCGCUGAUCGGAGGUGUUAUGCGAGCUUUUUGGGUGAUUUGUAUGCGCGCCAUACGAUUUCGUUCUUUGGGGCCGAGAUGGUUACCUUGUUUAUGGACAAUGCCUCUCUCGAAGGGAUGCAGAGGAUACGAUAUGUCCAUUUGGGAAUCCCAUUGCCCAAGCCGGGUUCCAGAGCAUAUCGGGAUGCGCGAAACUCCGUAACAGCUGCCAUUAGCCAGAUGACGAGGGUGUUCUCGGGACUUGAGGAGCUGGAUGUGGAGAUUGCGCUGCUCUGGAGUGAGAAACUUGGGGAUUUGCAAGACCUUUCGAGGUGGCUGCUGUAUGAGGCGUUUGAGGCACUGGGCGGGUUGAAGAAGUUUGUGCUCAAGGUUUCGGUGCUGCAGCGGAUCGUGGAGAUGCGUAUAGCUGGGGAUGUCCUCAAGCCUGUACUGCUGCCAGUGAAAGUGUUAAACAGUCGCCAAUAUUCCGAGUUGAAGAAAAGGCUGACAAGACAUUUGAAGAAAUGAGGGCAGUUCGAGCAUUAUUUCUUGGUCAGAUACAGGCCUUUGGAUAGAUAUUAACGGAGCAACUUGCAGAGAACUGAUCCAUGCGGACUUAGGAGUAGCAGUUUCACCACGGCAUAAUAUCAGUCCCUAAUUUGGAUACACAUGUCAUAGGCUUUUUCCUCACCCUGGCCUUUAACUGGUGAUAAAGCGGCCUUUAUGAGCCGGCGGACAAGUAUAUCUCGUCUGGCCCGUCUGCUUCAUACAUAUCCCAACGUACAUUCCCUAUUAAUAGC